CAGCCCCCUAAAACAUUGCAGAAGUGUUAACCAGCCCCCUAAAACAUUGCAGAAGAGUAACUGUUAACCAGCCCCCUAAAACAUUGCAGAAGUGUUAACCAGCCCCCUUAAACAAUGCAGAAGAGGAACUGUUAACCAGCCACCUAAAACAUUGCAGAAGAAGUGUUAACCAGCCCCCUGAAACAUUGUAGAAGAAGAAGUGUUAACCAGCCACCUAAAACAUUGCAGAAGAGGAACUGUUAACCAGCUCCCUAAAACAUUGCAGAAGAAGAACUGUUAACCACCGCCCUAAAACAUUGCAGAAGUGUUAACCAGCCCCCUAAAACAUUGCAGAAGUGUUAACCAGCCCCCUAAAACAUUGCAGAAGAACUUAACCAGCCCCCUAAAACACUGAAGAAGUGUUAACCAGACCCCUAAAACUUUGCAGAAGAGGAAGUGUUAAUCAGCCCCCUAAAACAUUGAAGAAAAAGUGUUAACCAGCCCCCUAAAACAUUGCAGAAGAAGAACUUUCUACUGCUCCCUCCUUCCUCUUAUAACCUGUUUGUGCUACACCAGCCACGAUGUUUGAGUCCCUGAGGAAGAACAUUCAGUCGGUGCAGGAUGGCAUAACGGCAGGGCUGCAUAGACUUUCAGUGGGGGAGCAGAGGCAAGCUCCAGUCAGUCCCUCAGAGUCCCAGGUGAACCUUGCUGCAGGCUCUGACCUUCUGCAGAUGUACCAGACACAAUGGGCAACCAUGCACCACUUGGCAGAGCAGAACGCAGCAGCAGCAGAGGACCUGGACACUGCCAUCACCCAGCUGGCUGAUGAGUGUGAGUGUCAACACAGUCAGAUGGCUGAGAUCCACUCUCUCCUGGCCCACCUGCCCAACAUCAUGGCCCAGCUACACUCUAUGCUGGCCACCAUAGGCUCAAUGCGGGGACUCUUUGAGGAAGUGGAGGGUGGCCUGCUCACUCUAGAAGACCUGGAUGAGGAACUCUCUCUCCAGGAACAGAUCCUUGACCUCCGCCUCAGCCUAGCACUGGCCCGGGAAAAGCACACACACCACUUCAAUUCCCUCAACAGUGAACUGAAGGCAAAUCACCACGCCAAGAUGAUGAUGCUGGAGAACAGGAAAGAAAGUGAACGGAAGGAGAGGGAGAAGGUGUUUUCAGAGAAGUUUAGUGAAGACUUGAAAAACUACAAAGAACAAGGACAUAUAAAAAAGAGAAUACCCGGUGCUGAGGAGGAAACCAGCCUGAAACUGGAGGAAGUUGACCUCGAACAGGACUCAAGCGAACUAGAUGAUUUCCUGAACGAGCCGGCCUGAGACCUGUCUGCACCAUCUUCAUCCAAGCAAGAGUCUUCAUGCUCACCCACUAAAACUGUUGUGUGAAACCAAAGGCUAGCUAUUUUUCUAACAUUAAGUAAACUCUAUUGAUCAUUGUGCUAUGUGUUUACUGAUGUUGCCAAAGUUAAAGAGAUGCCAAAGAAUUGUUGGUGGGAUAAAAGACAGACAUGGGUUCAAGAACUCUUUUCCAGUAUUACUCGUUCCUUGAAUCAACAACUACUGACACAGCUCCAAAGUGUCAGGUUGUCGGGUGUGCUAAGAUUAGUACUUGUGCUCCUCACUUUGUAUGGGGGUGAAGUAACAGACACACCCGCAUAUAUAAAAAAUCUGCCAAGAAUUGUUGCCCCACCUAAAAAUGACCUUUUUCCAUAUUUAAUUAAAAAAACUGAUAUGAAAGUACCAAAUCUGUACAGUGUUGGUGCCCUCUCACUCCCUCCAGUGUUGUCUGUGUAGCGUUGCUGAAGGAAGGAGGAUCUGCUUUGAUGUUUCUGCUUUUAAUCACAGCAGGUGGAGAAGAUGGGUGUGGCUGCUAGAAGGUUCAUUGCUGGAAUUCAAGGAGUUUCAAUUCUUGGUAAAGUAAAUUGACAAUUGAAAAAUCCAUAUAUACCAGGGGUUGCCAGCACAUUCAGCCUUUAAUACUUCUUUUUUAAAUUGACAGAUCCCAAUUUUGCCCAGGAGGCAGAAUGUGUAUAACUAUUCAUAAUAUUUUUUACCACUUGCUACAGUAGUAGCAAUAUGCUUUUCUGCUCUGUAACCUGUUCCCUGGAAUGUUAUUUUUUAUUUCUCUUCUACUAUUACUUAUUUUCUUCCCAAAAUAUAUAUAUAGUGAAACCUCG